GGUGCGCGAGCAGCGCGCUCCCGCCGCCCGCGUCGCCAUCUUUUCCCCCUCCGUCCGUCUGUCUGCCGUUGGCUUUGUCCGUCUGCAGCGCCGCCCCUCGGCUCACCGCCCUCGGCUUGGCCCGCAGCUGCCCUCCGCCUGCCGGGGCCCGGUCCCGGAGAGCCCGGCCUGGCCAUCCCGAGCCGCAGCCCGGGGCCCAUUGUCCGGCGGUCCGUCUGUCCGGAGGCGGGGCCCAGGGACCCGGAGCGCUGCGCAGCGCCGAGGCGCCGGAUACGGAUCGCUGGGAUUCAGACAAGUGUACUUUCCUCUGUGGGAACCGCACCAGAGCUGGAGGUCAGCACCCUGCAAGGAGGUAGUAACAUAUCCAGUUGUGAAACUGGGAAAGGCCAGAGCUCUUGGAUUAGGGAAACAUGUCCCGUCGGAAACAGACAAAUCCAAAUAAAGUUCACUGGGAUCAAGUAUUUGCUGGGCUAGAAGAGCAAGCCCGCCAGGCGAUGAUGAAAACUGAUUUUCCUGGAGACCUUGACGGUCAACGACAAGCUAUCCAACAACUAAGAGAUCAGGACUCCAGUAGCAGUGACAGUGAGGGUGAUGAAGAGGAGACCACACAAGAUGAAGUCUCUUCCCACACAUCAGAGGAAGAUGGAGGGGUGGUCAAAGUGGAAAAAGAGUUAGAAAAUGCAGAACAGCCUGUUGGUGGGAACGAAGUGGUAGAGCAUGAGGUCACAGAGAAUUUGAAUACCGACCCCUUACUUGGACUCUGCCAGUGUCCCCUCUGCCAACUAGACUGUGGGAGUCGGGAGCAGCUGAUUGCUCACGUGUACCAGCACACUGCAGCAGUUGUGAGUGCCAAGAGCUACAUGUGUCCUGUCUGUGGCCGGGCCCUUAGCUCCCCAGGGUCAUUGGGUCGCCACCUCCUAAUCCACUCGGAGGACCAGCGGUCCAACUGUGCCGUGUGUGGAGCCCGUUUCACCAGCCAUGCCACGUUUAACAGUGAGAAACUUCCUGAAGUACUUAAUAUGGAAUCCCUACCCCCAGCCCACAGUGAGGGCCCCUCCAGUGCUGAGGGGAAGGACAUUGCCUUUAGCCCUCCAGUUUACCCUGCUGGAAUUCUGCUUGUGUGCAACAACUGUGCUGCCUACCGUAAGCUCCUGGAAGCCCAGACCCCCAGCGUACGCAAGUGGGCCCUCCGUCGACAGAACGAGCCUUUGGAAGUAAGGUUGCAGCGGCUGGAACGAGAGCGCACAGCCAAGAAGAGCCGGCGGGACAAUGAGACCCCCGAGGAGCGGGAGGUAAGGCGCAUGAGGGACCGUGAGGCCAAGCGCCUGCAGCGCAUGCAGGAGACAGAUGAGCAGCGGGCACGCCGGCUGCAGCGGGACCGGGAGGCCAUGAGGCUCAAGCGGGCCAAUGAAACCCCGGAGAAGCGGCAGGCCCGGCUCAUCCGGGAGCGGGAGGCUAAGCGGCUCAAGAGGAGGCUGGAGAAGAUGGACAUGAUGUUGCGAGCUCAGUUUGGCCAGGACCCUUCUGCCAUGGCAGCUUUAGCAGCCGAAAUGAACUUCUUCCAGCUACCUGUGAGUGGGGUAGAGUUGGACAGCCAGCUCCUGGGCAAGAUGGCCUUUGAGGAGCAGAACAGCAGCUCUCUGCACUGAACCACAAACACCUUCCUGCCUGCCCUCCUGCUCACCCGCCCACCCAAGCCCACAGGGACCAGUGCUGCAGCCACCCACAGGGCCCUGUCCUUACUGCCAGAGGCAGGCCCUGGUUUGUUGCAGAUGGACCUGUGCACUCCUUGCAUGUCGGAGCAGGAUGAUGGGGUCAGCAGGAAACCAGCUCAAGGCUGGACAAGGGAGCAGGCACUCCACAGAACUGGACUCCCCAGCCCACCGCUGCAGGGCAUGCUGUAGGACUGUGGGGCCCCCAGGUGGCCCAUGGAGUUGUAAGGGCAAAUAAAUUAAUUUUAUCUUUAUUGGCCA